UUUUUCUUCAGGUUUGGUGAAAGUUUGCGUUGUUCAUCAGCUAACAUUCGAUCGCCAUGCCGUUUUACGCAGUGGUGCGUGGUUACAAUCCUGGAAUUUAUUAUUCUUGGGCAGAGUGUGAGCCGCAAGUCUCUGGGUUCAGUGGGGCGGAUUAUAGGAAGUUCCCCGCACUAGAAUGCGCGGAAGCGUACUGUCGUGACCCGGAAGCAUUCUGGAGACUGGGAUUGCCGAUCAGAAGACGUAGUCGUCGGCCAUACAGGAGAUAUCCUUUUCCGGGAGCACAUCUCCAGCCUGCGAUUCCUCUGCGGAUUCUGGUUCAGGCUCGUUUGGCGGAGGACGAUGAUUUUCAUUUUACGGAAGAUGGAUUUGCCAUAUGUUACACGGAUGGGUCCUGCAUGGGCCGGUUGAGGAACGCUGGUGUUGGGGUCUGGUUUGGAAAUGAUCAUGUCGCGAACAUUUGCGAACCCUUGCCCAUUCCGGGGACAAACAACAAAGCAGAACUGUUGGCUGUGCUCUAUGCAAUCCACGCUGCGAGGGAAUCCGGUUUGGAUAUGCUGGAGGUCAGAACUGAUUCGAGGUAUGCAAUAUAUAGCCUCACUGAAUGGUUACCGAAGUGGAAAAGCAACAAUUGGCUGACAACCGAGAAUACAGAUGUCCAGAAUCAAGGAGAGAUCCGAGCCAUCGAUGAAGUCCGCAAUUAUAUGGAAGUGCGCUUCGAGUGGACCCCAGGCCAUGCGGGUAACUCUGGAAAUUCAGCCGCAGAUUCGCUUGCGAAGCGUGGUGCUGCUAGGGCGUUGACAGUCUAUCGGCAAUAGAUUCCAAGUCUGUCAAAUUGGCAAGACCCUUCCUCUGUAUCUCGCUCGCCGAAACGUU